GACUCUCUGUCGAGGCUGUUCGCCUGCUGCGGGAGUGUCCAGUCUGUGGACAUCUGUGAGAAGCCAGGGUCAGGAGAGAAAAAAGAAAAACUCACAUCCAAAUUCUUCAACUGCAAGACUGUGACGGGAUUUCAAGUAGCAUAUGUGGUGUUCAGGAAACCAGCUGGUGUCCAGGCAGCCAAGGCCCUGUCACGGGAAGGUCCCUUGCUGAUAUCAACAGAAAGUCACCCUGUGAAAACCGGCAUUAGCAAGUGGAUCAACAGCUACGCAGCCUCAGUCGUGGAUCGGGAGGAGCUGAAGGCCGAGGUGGACACCUACAUGCAAGAGUAUGACAAAAAGAUAGCAGAGGAAGAAGCCAAAGCAGCCAAGGAGGAGGGCGUUCCAGAUGAGGAGGGCUGGGUGAAGGUAACGCGGAAGGGCCGGAAGCCUGGCCUGCCCCGGACAGAGGCUGCCAACCUGCAGGUGCUGGAGAAGGAGAAGCAGAAAAGGGCCCGCAAAGAGCUGCUCAACUUCUAUGCCUGGCAGCAUCGUGAGACCAAGAGAGAGCACAUCGCACAGUUGAGGAAGAAAUUUGAGGAGGACAAGCAGAGAAUUGCGCUGAUGAGAGCCCAGCGCAAGUUUCGGCCAUACUAAGCCAUGCCGAGCUAUUUCCUGGGAUGCCUGUGCUGGAGAGGGUGGGAGAGAUGCUUAUGGACUCCACGUGCCAAAGGAUUUCAAGGAAUUGAGGCAGCUUGAGGUUGUCCCUGCCCAUGGAUCUGAAGUGGGAGAUCCCAGCAACUGCCGCUGAAGAAGGAGUUUUCUCAACUCGUGCCGGUAUCCACCUGCUGUCCCAGCCAUUGUCCAACCCUGCAGCACCACUUC